CAAACCGUUCAAGAUAGUGGCGCGCUUAUGCGUACAGGUGACUGCCGUUUAUUUCUAUCCCUAGCGCACAAGAUGAUCUUACAACUUUUAUUAGUUGAUCAAGUAAAAAAAAUAUUUCAUUCGAAUUUUAAAUUAGACUAAAAGUUUAUUUUUCAAUAUCUCUUCGUUGUUUCUGUAAAUCAUCUGUGUUAGGGUUGCGAAUAUAUUUGAAAAAGUGAUAGUGUAUGAUUGUGACUCUGAGUUCAUGAACUUCGUUUGGAUGAAACACAUAAAAGGACAGUUUUGGAACGUGCCGAAACUGGAUGACCAUGUUUUGGAUACCGUGUAACCGGUAAGGCGAACGUCGGAGAGCAACUUAUUUUUACUACUGCAGCUGUUUGCGGUCAUGACGCGGUGGGACCAUCAACGAACAAAGGUCAGCACGAUAACGACAGAAGUAGCAGCAGCAGCAGCAACAAUAACAACGGCGAAGGCGGCGACGUCGGCGCAACGUCGUCAUUGGCUGCGGCGGACCUUUAACACGAGUGCGGCCGCAAGCCGAUGAUAACUCGCGCGUAUUUAAUUUGAACGCGUAGACGUGUAACGUGUAGAUAGGCCGUUACCUGCAACCAGUGCGUAAAGGACAUCGUUCAGCGUUCGAACGUGGCAAAAAAAUAAAAAUUGUGGACAAAUUAAAGCUCCGAACAAUUGUGCAAACACAUGUGUGCGCGUCUGUGGCGGGGCGCGGUAAAAGGCACAUCGCAGCCGCCGUUGCUUCUGCCUCAGCCGCCGGUUUUUUAGCGCCGUGCCUAGCAGGUUCGAUGCGUUCGGCGUCGCGCGCGCAUAACUAUGAAACUCCGUGAUCGGAUCGCGAUCGGCUUUUGCCUGUCACUAGCACUGGUUACCGUGUUGAUCGUUGUGGACUUACAAAACGAGAACGAGAGGCGCUCCUUUAAUAAUGAAGCGUACCGUAGUAGUGGCGGUAUAGGCUCGCACGGCCGUUCCGAUCAGUUCGUCCGGGAACCGUUGCAACAGCCACUCGGCAAAAGUGUCCAACCACCUUUGCACCCUAGUCCGCACCACACUAAUACCGCCAAGAAACUCCCGAAUGUGGAACCUGCAGACGAAUAUGCCAAUGACCGCUUCGAUGACAUUGUCCAUUAUCUCAAGUACAAUAAGCCGUACAAGGGACACGUUGAUGAUUGGACAGAAAUGGUCGACAUAGUUGUUGACGACUCGAAUACAGUGGCAAAUCAUAAUGUAGCCAGUCUCUUUGAUUUAAGACCCAAUAAAAAUGAUACAAAACUUCGUAUUUUUCAUUUGAGGAUAUCGACGAGGUACAUGUAUUCCGAAAAUGAUAGCUACGUGCCUAUGAUUUUGAAGGGGAUGCACAAAUUUCCCAUUCAAAAAGUUGAGCAAAAAGAAGGCGGUACUCAGUUAAAGCUCAUCAUUGAAUUUUCAAAUGGAGACAAAGCUUUAAUGAAGCCAAUGAGAUUUCCCAGAGAACAGCAAACUCUUCCAAACCACUUCUACUUUACUGACUAUGAAAGACAUAACGCAGAAAUUGCUGCAUUUCAUCUUGACAAGGUUUUAGGGUAUAGAAGAGCAAUGCCAGUCAGUGGUCGUUAUAUGAAUAUUACUACUGAUAUUAUGGAUAAAGUAAUAGAUGAUGAUUUGCUCAAGACAUUUUUCAUUUCACCGGCUAAAAAUCUAUGUUUCCAUGGCCAUUGUUCAUAUUAUUGCGAUACGUCACAUGCGAUAUGUGGUAAUCCUGACAUGUUAGAAGGCUCAUUAGCUGCGUAUAUGCCGUCCCAAAAUCUCCUUGAACGUAAAACUUGGCGACAUCCAUGGAGACGAAGUUACCACAAGAGAAAAAAAGCUAAAUGGGAAACAAAUGCAAAUUAUUGCGAUCUCAUAAGACAAGUGGAACCGUAUAAAAAAGGUAGUCGCCUAUUGGACUUGAUGGACAUGGCUGUGUACGAUUUUUUAAUGGGCAAUAUGGAUCGUCAUCAUUAUGAGACUUUUACAGUGUUUGGAAAUGACUCGUUCCCGAUUCAUCUUGAUCAUGGCAGAGCGUUUGGUAAACCUUUCUAUGAUGAAGUGAGCAUAUUGGCUCCUGUUAUUCAGUGUUGUCUCAUACGUAAGACGACAUUAGAAACUUUACUCAAGUUUCACAAUAAGAAAAAACUUAGCAAACAUAUGAAAGAGUCUAUGAAAGAUGAUCCACUGGUUCCAAUUCUGUGGGAACCUCAUUUUAAUGCAAUGGACAGAAGAGUGGGCAUCAUAUUGUCGGUCAUUAGAGACUGCUUACAGCGUUAUGAAAACGAAAGUGACCAAGAUGAGAUGAAUAAUAGUCAAAAUAAGAAAAAAUCUGCCGAGUUCAAUAAAACCUUUUUCGCAAAUUUAGUACCAGAAUCAGUUACUAAGUCUGCUGCUAGUUGGACGACGCAAACUGAAUCAGUUGCAGGAGACGCUGGAGUUUAAAUUUUUCGAAUGUUGAUUUAUCUAAAUUUUAUAUUUUUAUGUAUCAUAAACGAUAACUUUUGUAUAAUA